GAAAAUUGGACCCACAGCGCCCCACAUAGCAACAAAUCGGACCGGUAGGUAGGUAGCGUUACACGACAGUCCACACAGACUCGAGCUGUGCGGAGUUCAAAUAUAUACUCAUUUGGAGCUCUGGAACGACUUGUCCCAAACAUGCUGUAUCGGCACCUAUCGUGCUGUCUGCCUCGUUGUAUCCUCUUCUGCGACCAUGCCUUCCUCUCAGGAUGUACUCGACGACACAAAGGGGAAGAAAUCUGAAGAGCCUACCCAACAUGACAAUGACCAGCCGGAGGUCGAGAAUCCCGCAUAUGACUCUUCUCGCAGACGGAGAAAUUCUACUAGAGGGCUGAUGGGUGUGAAAAUGCGUGAAUAUGUAGUCAAAGGCAAUGACCCGUUCGACUACGAACAGAAAUUCCCCGAAGACAAGCGGUACGAGGAAUUGGGACCGACUGCCAGGGUGUGGAGAACAUACCUUGAAGAGUGCGCUACAUUUGACAUCGAGAUGGUAGAAGGAUGGAGAGAUGGAUUAGAUGUUUUGCUAGUUUUCGCUGGUCUCUUCUCUGCUGUGGUCACUACCUUCGUUGCUCAAACGUCGCAGAGCCUUCAAGUCGACUACGGUCAGGUCACGGCGUCGCUCCUAUUCGAGCUAAUCGACGUCCAGCGUGCAGCGGCCAAUGGUUCCAUUGUGAACGACGUUCCCCGCUCCGGCCUUACUCCAUUCUCAGACUUUCAUCCCACAACUUCCGAUUCGUUAGUAAAUGGACUGUGGUUCACCAGCCUCUCGUUCAGCCUCACUACCGCACUGUUUGCUGUCUUAACGAAACAGUGGAUCCAUGAGUACAUGGCUGUUCCAUCUGGCACGCCCCGGGACAGAUGUCGGGUUCGUCAAUUUCGAUACAUGGGACUGCGGAAGUGGCGUGUAGGUUUCAUUAUUGGAUUAUUAUCCGUCCUUAUGAGCACGUCGCUUUGCGUGGUUUUAAUGGGUCUGGUAAUAUUCCUACUGCCAUGCAAGUGUCGAUUGCAUCCAUUGUCGGGUCUAUCGCCUUUAUAUUAUUCGCCAUGUAUUUCAUCACCAAUUUCCUUCCAAUCGUAUACCCCUCGUGCCUGUACAAGACGCCGCUGUCGCACUACAUAUUUCCUCUCUAUGCCUAUGUUGUUCACAACGGCCUUUUCUCAUCGGUCAUAUCUCCAAGUACUGGUCCAGGUCCUCACCAGUUCCGAAAAAACCUCCCAUUCGUACGCUUAGAGAAGCUGAAUGUGAAGCCGUUAAGCUGAAUGCCGACGAAACGGACGCACGCGCCUUGUCCUGUUUGUACUCCGUAUCGUCCAACCUUAGCGUUCAAAGAAUUGUUGCGGAAUCAACUGUUACUUUACCGAUACGAUCUGUGAACUCCGUACAGCAUCAUGCAGAAGGGCUUCCGAGUGUGUGUGCCCUUACACUCCAAGGACUUUUGGAUGAUGCUCAUCGAAGCGAAGUUCUUGUUGACGCCAGCAAGAUG